AUGAAGACGCAGGAAUUAGUGUCGGAUGAGGGUGGCAGUUCGUCAUCCGAACAGCCAGGUUUUUUCCCUCGUCCAAGCGUACUGCCAUGUGGUCCGCCGUUAAAUGCGGUAACCGGGAUGACCAUGCCGACGUGGGUACAUCCCACACCACCCGGGGCCCCCAAUGAUCUGUUUGUGCAUAUCCAAAUGGGAGAGACCUUGAACAUUCUCGUCGGUAAUGAUGUGCAAAAUAUCACUGGACCAGCAACUGUUCGUAUGGUUGGUGAAUGUGGAAUGUCUCCAUCUGCUUUGCCCAUUCAUGUACCUCCUGGGCAUGUUAUUCAUCAAAUUGUCGACGAACAAGUAAGUUCAACUUUGUAG